UAGAAACUAUGCAAAAUGGGUGGGAUCAUAAACAGUCCUCCAGUGGUAGAUGCCUUCAGGAAUUUUAAUUGCUCUUAAUUGCUCUACUGUUCCUCCCAACCAGAAAGUUCACCCCCCUGAGCAGACAGGUCCGAGCAUCUGUACUGCACACAGGACAAAAAGACUGGGUUCCAAUGGAAGUGAAGGUGUCUGUGGACGGUAUCCCACGCGUGGUCUGUGGAGUUACAGAGGAAACAACAUGCCAAGAAGUGGUCAUUGCGUUGGCUCAAGCCCUGAGUCAGUCUGGACGCUAUACGUUACGGGAGAAAUUCAAAGACUUUGAGAGGUGCAUGACGCCCAAUGAACGCCUUCUGGAGACUCUUGAGAAGUACGGUGAUCAGGCCAAGGAGGUCCAGCUCACACUGCUGCACAAUGGACCCUCAGCUUGGGAUGAAAUGAGCAGAGCAAAAGCUGGCAGAUACCAUCCUUGCCCACCCCUGAGAAGAAAAGAUGCGGGGGCUAGGAUGCGGCGGGGCAGCAGUUCACUAAGUCUGCAUCGCCAAAGCUUGCCACCGCUGUCUUGUUUAAGACAAGAAGCUGAGCAGCAAAAAGAAGACCUGAAAAGGCCUAAAAGAAAGUCUCUGACGCUCAUGGAGGAGGCCUGGGAGUGGCUGGAGAGUCUGGGGAAAGGAAAGGUCUACAGUACUGCCUGUGAUAAGGAAAGCAGUAAGAAGACCGAUAAAUGGAACCGUACCUUUUUGGAUGUUUCACUCUCUGUUGAAAAAGAUAACUUAGGUCAAAGUAGUAGGAGCAAAGUCAGAGGUCAGAAAAGUUUAAAGUCAGACUUGGACCAUCAAACAUCCUGCUGCAUGGGAAGUCAGACGAAGGGUAAAGAAAGCAAGCACUGCAAGAAAAGUCAAGGGGCAAAAUCCGAUGACCUGUUCAGCUCAAGCUGCAUCACAACUGAAGAGGAGAAAAACAGUCUGAGAGAAACCAUAAUCAUUCAGCUCAGUUGUUUGCAGGAUUUACAGGACCACAUAGCACGCACUGACAAACAGAUUUUUGAGCUUGAAGAAAAACAGAGGGCCGAAAGAGCUGAGCAGGAAGCCCAGCAGAGGAUGGCUGCAGAGGAGAUGGAGCAGAUCAGGUUUUGGGAAAAUGAAUUAAAGGCAGAGGAAGGUUAUGAGAAAGAUUUGCAAUGUCAGUUCCUUGAGAUGAGAGCAAAGGCUGCUGAGUGCAAGGCCAAACUGGAGGAGUACAAGCGCAAAAUACAGGGGCUUGAUUUCUUCGCCACUCAAAAAGUUGUGGAAGAGGAUUCAGCCGCAAAAGCUGCCACUGAGUUUUCAACUAAGAAUGCAAAUCAGCAACCAUCUGAUCCACAGGGGAAUGUGAAUGUUAACAGGAAGUUCCUGCCCAGAGAAAACUUCAGCUCUCCUCAUGCUCUAGUUUCUCCCAGCCAGACAAAAGAGAGGCGGCCCACAGGUCCCACGGAGCUCAGGGAGUGGUGGACGCGCUGGUCUGAAGCCCAAAGUGCUCAAUUACAGACUAAAAAGAAGGUAAUUCACCGCUCUGAACUUACUAUAUACCUGGGCAGUACUAAGGUUUAGAGUGAAAUGAUCAGUCGCAAAGUCACUAAAAUACGAUGAGUGCUCCAUUGCACUCCAGCUGCGCUAAUUUCAUUCCAUACACUUCAAUGUGCCAAUCAUCUUAGUUUAACUUAUAUUGAGUGCUUGUAGCCAAGGCUUAGUGUACGUAUGUGGUUGGGAUGGACAAGCACCGUGGUGCAUUCACUUCCACAUGUUCCCAGUGUUCCCAUGGUUUGUUCCCCUCAAGAGCCCCCUAGUGAUUAAAUAGGCUCCAUGUCAGAAGUGACACCAGCGGUCCUCCACCAGGGAUCGACUGAAGUUGAAAUCAAACACCCAUCGCAACUGGAAGUGCCUCAAUGAUACAGAAUGCCUUAAAAAAAAUAAAAUAAAAAAAAAUAAGCACAUUUUAACUUAA